AUGAAGGUUUCCUUGACCACCACCCCCCUUCUGGUGGCGACGGCGCUGGCGAUGCCGACGAAUGAGGCAGAGAAGAAAUUCAAGCGCGUGCAGCUUGCCGAUCCUCAGAACUGGAUACCCGGUCCGAGAAUAUACCCACAAGGCAUCAUGAGUAUUUGGUCAAACGACACGGCAGACUUCACCGCGAACGAAUGGCCGAAAUACAUCAUGUCCAAGUGCAGGGAGAAUGCAAGGUGCACGUCGUUCCAAACCCACCAGCGUUCGUCUCCUCUCUUUCUCGUCUCUGCUGCGUGGCAGCCGUUUGACCUUGAUGAUUGA